GUGCUUUGCAUGGUGCGCUCCGCUUGAUCACGUGAGCCGGUUCCAAGAUGGCGGCAGGGGUGGCCGGGUGGGGGGUUGAGGCAGAGGAGUUCGAGGAUGCCCCUGAUGUGGAGCCGCUGGAGCCCACGCUUAGCAACAUCAUCGAGCAGCGCAGCCUUAAGUGGAUCUUCGUUGGGGGCAAAGGUGGAGUUGGCAAGACAACCUGCAGCUGCAGCCUAGCAGUCCAGCUGUCCAAGGGGCGGGAGAGUGUUCUGAUCAUCUCCACCGACCCAGCCCACAACAUCUCCGAUGCAUUUGACCAGAAGUUCUCCAAGGUGCCUACCAAGGUCAAAGGCUAUGACAACCUCUUUGCCAUGGAGAUUGACCCCAGCCUGGGUGUGGCGGAGCUGCCAGACGAGUUCUUUGAAGAGGACAACAUGCUGAGCAUGGGCAAAAAGAUGAUGCAAGAAGCUAUGAGCGCAUUCCCAGGCAUCGACGAGGCCAUGAGCUACGCAGAGGUGAUGAGGCUGGUGAAGGGCAUGAACUUCUCCGUGGUGGUGUUCGACACGGCGCCCACAGGCCACACGCUGAGGCUGCUCAACUUCCCCACCAUCGUCGAGCGGGGACUUGGCCGCCUCAUGCAGAUCAAGAACCAGAUCAGCCCCUUCAUCUCACAGAUGUGCAACAUGCUGGGCCUCGGUGACAUGAACGCAGACCAGCUGGCCUCCAAGCUAGAGGAGACGCUGCCUGUCAUCCGCUCGGUCAGCGAGCAGUUCAAGGACCCUGAGCAAACAACCUUCAUCUGUGUGUGCAUCGCGGAGUUCCUGUCCCUGUAUGAAACCGAACGGCUGAUCCAGGAGCUGGCCAAGUGCAAGAUUGACACGCACAACAUCAUCGUCAACCAGCUCGUCUUCCCUGAUCCCGAGAAGCCCUGCAAGAUGUGUGAGGCCCGCCACAAGAUCCAAGCCAAGUACCUGGAUCAGAUGGAGGACCUAUAUGAAGAUUUCCACAUUGUGAAGCUGCCGCUGCUGCCCCAUGAGGUUCGGGGAGCGGACAAGGUCAAUACCUUCUCCGCUCUCCUCCUGGAGCCCUACAAGCCCCCCAGCGCGCAGUAGCACCUCCACCAGCCCCAGCUGCCAUUUCACACCCACCCGCCACCCACCGGGGCAGAGUUUGCACAAAGUUCCCCCCCUAAUACAGGGGAACCCCUUGGGGGAUGGGAGGCGGGGAGGGGGUCUUUUCCCCCUGGUGGGGCUGGGGGAGCUAUAGCUGCCCCACCACCUCUCCCCACUUCUCCUCCCUCAAUAAAAUGAUCUUAAACUUC